GCGUGAAAUUUUCUUUUUGGGCUUUGAAGAUGAGGUGGUCCUUUUCAUGAGAUCCGUAAUUGUAGUAAAUCAUUUUUCGUGUGAUUCUUACAGACGUACAGUGGGUGUAGAAAGUAUUCGUACACUGAUCAAUUUCCAAAAAAUGUAGAAUAUCAUUGAUUAUAAAAAAAGGAGCUAAUAAACUACAAUUUCACACAAAAGUUUUUUGGGAAAUUGAUCGAUGUACGAAUACACCGAUGUACGAAUACAUUUUACACCUUCUUGGAUAGUAAAAGAUCGAUCAUUUUGAAUAACUGUUUCCAUUCGUUUUUUUGCCUACAGUUGAUUCGCACUGAAAACCGUCCACCAUUUUUGCCUUCCCUUAUAUUGCUCAUAAAAUGUAAUUUAUGAUUAUGGUACCUAUGCAAGCAUCAUAAAAGUGUUUCAUUUAUGCUGUUACUAAAUUCUAAAGAAUAUUACAAAAUUGUUACCGAUCUUAAGAAUAAUUAAUAUAUCGUGUGCUCCAUUUUAAUCUGUCCAUACUGUUGUUUUCAAAUCGUGCUUUUUAAAUAUCUUAGAUAAAAAUUUAAUUCGUUUCAAAUGGAGUUAGUGUUCGAGAUUUGCAAGUGACUUUCGUUUUUCUAAGCUAGAUAGCACAUUUUCAUUUAGAAUCUACAUACUUGAUUGUAAAAGUAAACUGAAAUCGACUUCUCGAAUGAAUGCGUAAUGUUUACAGUAAAUCCUCUAUUGAAUUAUUUUGUAACGAAACUUUCAAUAAUUUUGACAAUUCUGAAUCAUCUAAGGGUAGAAUCGAAAUGUAAAGAUAACGUGACUUAUCAGCUUUUCCAAGGUCAGUUUCGUCGAUAAGUGCUGGCAACGAUAAAAACGUAUCUAUAUCUUAAUAAAUAUUAUGUUUGAAAAAAGACCAGUUCAACGACCUCUGAUUCGAGGUCAUUCAAGGUCAAUUGGUAACACCUUAGUAGUUAGGUGUUUCGGAAAAUAUUAUUCUUAGAAUUUUUGUUUUACUUGUUUGUAAUUAGAAAUAAUAUUUAUCUAGAAUACAAUUAAACUACUAUAUGUACGCGAGUGUUUAAGAAGCGAGGUUGCAGCUAGAACUGGCAUUUUAAAACCCAACUAUCGUUACGUGUAUACAACAUAUGUUUCCGAAUAUCGUGUCAGUUUGAAGAACGCCCUAAACGCUCGAUAUGGAGUGCGCAAUAUUCUGAGUUGCGCAAUAAUAUUGACAAUGUAGAGCUAAUAUCGGAAACAUACGCAUACUUGUCCGCUCAAAUGGACUUCGUAUACUCAUUACGUUACUGUCCCGUUUACUAAACAGUAUCGUUAAAAUAUUGUCAUAUGUAAAUAAGGCUGAUUAGACUCAUCAUCGAGUUUUUUAUCCUCUUCAAGGCACCUCUGUGUCGACGUUUUUUCUUCGAUUUUUCACGUUUGUCUCGUUCCUUGCAUCGUUACUUAAAUACAAAAUUUCGAAUAAAGAAAAAAAGGAAAUUCUGCUCGUUCCUCUAGAAUCUAGAGGAGGUAUCUAGAGUCUAGAUACUUCUUUGUUAAUGUUAUGAAAACGAAGCAUAGAGAGAAAGUUUAAAUAACGCUUGGAGGUCAGCGGACAGUAUCAAGUUCACGGGCGCUCCUGUCGAAUUCCUGAAAUGUCCGUGGCGUGAUUUUCUUUAGCGACAUUCUCGUCGCUUCGCCUAUCUCGCCACCAUUAUGCUUCUUUUGUUUUCGUUGCCAGUAUAACACGGCCACUGUGCACGAAAAGUUGGUGCAAGCUGUACGCUUCCGUGCUCGCGAAAAGUGGAACUCGACCUCGUUCAUCACGCGUCACCAUAUUGUAGCUAAAACUGUCACGAAUUAUUAUUUCGUAAUAUUUAUGAUGUAGUUUCGGUUCGCAUCAUCUCCCUGACCGUUGCUUAGCUCUCACUGCAGACUUCCGGUGGCCGUUCUGCGAUUAAUAGAUGAACGUGGGUGUCAAUAUAAAUUCCCAGUAGAGUUCGAAGUAUAAAGUUAAAGUAAGGAUCAUGAAGAUAUUGUCUCGCAAGACAAACAAGCCUUAGAAAAAAAAAGCACAUACUCAAUCAUGUUUCAAUUAACGUCGACUGGAGGGACAGAUCUCGAGAUCUUCGUGGCUGUGGUAUCGUUUAAAAAUUGAAGAUAACGUGGUCUCUUUGUUACAUUCGCUUACAGCCAUGUGCAAAGCUAACAAUAAAGGUAUAAGAAGUGGAUGCAUUGUAGAAAGAGAUGAAACGAAAGUUGCAAGUGUCAAAAUGUUCGACUCGUACAGAGAUAAGAAUGCUAAUGAAACGGAUUUAGAAGGAAUAUGUUUCUGUAAGGAAUAGUGGCUCUUUCAGGCUUGUCCCCACCAUACCACGAAGAAAGGAUGCUUCCAAAAAGUAUGCGUGCGAGAGUGAUGUAUCUAGAUCGGGCACGUAUUGUGUGAAAGAAAAUUAUACUAAAAACCGGAUGGUCAGCGCAUCCUGUCUUGGACAGGAUGAAUUACAAGCGGAAAUUCAUGUUCAAUUAAAAGUCAAGAAAUACAUCGUCCAAAGUAGGCUUUUCUUUUUUAAUGUUACCUUCUCUGUGGUGUUUGUUAGUCGUAGGCGAAGGGCGUUGGGAACGGGAUCUACGGUCCUGGAACAAAGUACAGUAUCGUACGAACUGUUCGUUGACCCAGUAACAGUUGACAUGUGGGAUACAGGAUUUGUCUUAAAUAAAAUUUUCCAAUAUUUCACAGCAGAGUAUAAGCAUAUCAUACGUAAAAUCUUGUGUAGAUCGUUUAUCUAUGAAACGAAAUAUUUCAUAACGGACAAUUAUGAAUUCAACUAUUAAAACGAAUAAAUGGCAACAAUGAAUUCCUGUACGUUGGAUUUAAUCUACGUUACUCGAAUAGAUUAAUAGAAUAUUGUUCGCCUUGGUAGAUAAGGAUUUUGUUAAUUUCUGGUAGAAUCAGAGGCACGAUGACGUCGCGUUGCGUCCCUGGGUGCGGGUAGUGGGAGUAAGAACGGUGCGCAUGCGCGUGGAGGCGCGAGUGCCCAGCUGUGCGUGGACGUGAAACGCGGCGCGACCGACGGUGGUGGCUGCUAGGAAAGCAAGCGAGCGAACGAGCGAGCAAGCGAACCAGCCAGAGACUGCCCUCCUGUCUCCCCCACCCCUAGCAUGCCUUGGAGAGCCCAUGGCCUCCGUACACACGGAGGAGAGUGAGCCCCAGCCGCUCCUCACGUCAUCCGCUGAGAGAGAGACGACGAGGCCUCGACACGGCGAGGAGCAAUAAUUCUAACGAGCCAAGAUGGCGGCGGACACGGUGGCCCUGUCCGCGCUCACGCUCGCCAGGGGCGACAAGAUCCUCGUGACCGUCGAGUCCGCGCUACCGGACAUCGUCGUCGUGUCCUUCGUUCACGGUGCCAAGUGCUUCCAGGGCGCGUUGCUCGACGCCACCAAGAGAGGCCUGCCUUGUGGCGUCCAACCCCCUGAGCCAGUUCCAGAUCCAGAUGGCGACAAACUGGCGACGAUCGCGGCCCGUUUCAGCUACUUUCAGGAGAGAAAGAGCUCGCUGGCCGCUGCCAAAGUCGAUCUACGCCGGAACAUCAACCCGCCUGCCAGGUAUAAGAAUGCAAGGCCGACGGUCAGGCUCAGGCCCCGUCAGGUGCUUUGCAGCAAGUGUAGAUCGAUCUGCAACGAGAACAGCGAGAACGUCGACGUCAGCAGGAAACGGAAGCACGACGAGGGACAGCAAGAGAACCACCAGCAGCCGCAGCAACAACAGGUCGCGGGUCAUGGAUCCACCAGAAGAAGCGAUCGACGUUGCGCCCAGCAGCCGCAAAAAUCCUCCAGAGUGCUGUUCUCGGAUUGCCAGUCUGAAAACAUCGCAACUCAUCAAACAACGAAAUCCUCGUCGUCGUCCGCGGCGUUGAGUCCCGACUCGUCGAAGUUGGCACCGUCUCUCAUACCCAAAAUCUCGAGACUACAACCCAACGAGAUCAACAACGCUAUGCAGGGAACCGAGAAGGUGAAGAUCGCCCCAUCGUAUUGGAAUAACAGAGCCCAGGAGGGCGGCUCAUCGGUGAACGCGGUGGAGCCCGCCGAAGAACGCAUGGAGUCGACGGAUUGUGACAGCAAUCCAUCGAUGGCGUAUUGCGCCACGCCCAGAAGACUAAGCAGCUCGUCCGUAGAAAGCGCUAAGAUACCCGAGGAGGACGAGAAGAAAACCUUCGCCGCGGCGGACUCGACAAUGAGGCCAAGAACGGCCCGAGUACCGCGAAAGAAACGAUCCGUCGGCUCGAUGGAGGAUUUGUGGGACGAGACGGUGUUCGAGGACCCGACGAGAACAACCAGAACCACGCCAGUGAUCAAGAUCUCGUUUGGGGCUCAGGGCGAGGGCACAGUUUUGAAAAUCCCCUCGAAAAUUCAGGAUCCCGAGUACGAGCAGGAGACCGACGAUGCGGAGGACCCGCAGACGGAAACGGAGAGGGAUCCUCUGGAAUUGCCGAGAACCUUUGAGAACGAUUACGACUUCCCUGUGGACUGCGAGGAGGACGGACAAGAGCAGGUGGACCCGCAGAAGCAGAGCGUGAAAGACGCGAGCGCGAAGGCGGCGAAACGAGCGCUGAAAAAAGCGAAAAAGGAAGCCAGGAGGAAAAUGUUAGGGGGUGUUUCGCCAGCGAGAUCUCCUUGCAACGGCUCGCCACGGUACAAUCCCACGUACGACACUCUGUCGUAUCACCGUCGCAAGCAUAAAGUGAAGCAUAAAAAGAAGCACAAGGAGGACCGGAAGCACAAGAACCAGCCGCAGCUUCAGCAGCCUUGUUUGGAGGCUGGCGCCGCGGAGAAUCAGCAAAACUGGAACGUCCUGCCUGGCAGCGAGUCGUACACAGCCAUAAAGGAGCAGUGCCUCAAGCAGAAAUUGUCCAUAUCUCUGAAGAGAUUGAAUACGAACGCGUACGCCAGAUGCGAUUAUCCGGUGAGCAAUGCGUCUUCGGGUUGCAAGAGCCCUGGCGCCAGCAGCGACGAGCUGAGCGAACAGGAGCCCGAGGUAGAUGCUGGUGAAACGGCUCCUGAUUUUCCCCCACAGUCUCAUCCCUUGAUGAUGCGUCUCGCUGCGACACCCGUGGAACAUUGCCUGACCGCCAGCGGCAGAAGAAUGGACGUUGGGGACGUAGUAUGGGGAAAAAUUCACGGGUUUCCAUGGUGGCCUGGAAAGGUUCUCAGUAUCACGGUUUCCUGUAAAGAAGAUGGCUCCUCAUCUGGGCCUCAGGCACACGUUGCUUGGUACGGUUCUUCGACGAGUUCUCUCAUGUCGUGCGACCAGCUGAGCCCGUUUUUAGAAACGUUCAAGACGCGAUAUAACAAGAAGAAGAGGGGACCGUACAAAGAGGCGAUACGGCAGGCGCAGAACGAGGCCCGAAAUCAGAUCACGCCUAACUCGACGAGCAGCGUGUUGAAUGUCUGUGGUUCGCCGCGCGAGGUCAACGUCGUCUCCUAAGGGAAGGUGCACGCCACCUGACACCAUUCCUUACUGCCGGGUAUUCGUCGGCCAAGAUUGCGAUCGGCGGGUCGGAAUCGUCAUGUAAUAUAUAAAGAUUUGUACAUAAUGACAUAGCAUUAAUGAAAUAGUUCUUGGAUCGAUGUUCUUAUCAGUCGCGAACCGCCCGAUGUCUCAUGGGGCAAAAACGACUCGAAAUGAAGUUUACUGCCAUCACUGGCGCGUUUUUUAUCCUCAGCUUUUUGAGCAAACAUUUAGCGCGUAAGGAGUAUCUAGAUAGGGUAUACCUAGAAAUAAUGAUGUGUCAGCUCUCGAGAAUAAUUUUCGUAUUAAAUAUGACUUCUUCGAUAGCUGAACGGGCGUUGGUCAUUGACGACUCGAAGGACGCCUGUUACUUAAAUUCUUGAUAUAUAUAUUAUAUAUUUGUAUUACAAUUUCAUUGUGAUCGUUAUCGAAAUACGCUGCUGCGAGCUCAUCCAGUGCGGGCAGUGAAUCUUCGACAUUACAGUCCGCGGAUCAUUGCUGAAUACGAUCGUUAAUGACUCGAUUUCGUCGUAGAUCAUGAUGCCACGAUUAUAAAAAUGGACAAUAUCUCUGACCAGAUCUGGGCGUUUUUGAAGUAACGUUGCUUGAAAUACUAUUUCUGAUAACAUGUUAUCUUAUUACAUGGUCGUUCAAUUUUUGAAAUACAAUUAUCUUAUUCCUUUCUUGGAAUGUCUUGUGGAAACAAUCGACAUGCUGCCUGAUUUUUUAACGUAUGACAUUACAAAUGUUUUUCAAGGAUUAAAAUAUUAGAUAGAAAAAAUUUAAUAUUUUAUUUGAAAUAUGUUGAAAUAUGUUACCAAAUAACUUCGUUAUCUGAAAUAUUAUUUCAAAAAGAUAUUUCUUUUUUUAUUUUUAAUGCAAUUUGCCCGGGUCUGCCUCCCACUAGUGAAGUUUGCAGCACUUUAGUUGCUCCAAAGUACUAUGUUUCAGAUUGAAAAAUGAACACUCUUUAAAGAAUUAAUAGAGAGGACGAUUCUUCCAAUUGAAAGUAGCUAGAGUUAUUUUUUAAAGUAGACGUAGAAAAAGUGAAGGAGGGUGAUAUUGUAUAGUUUAGAAAAGUUUGACUUCCUGCAAGUUUAUUUAUUUAUUUAUUUUUUUAUUUAAGUAGAACCGUGUAUUUUUUCACAUGUCAUUCUAUAGGUAAGGAAUAAUGGAAGCUUUCAUUUUGUAUAGUAGAAAACGAUGAGGAAUAAUCCUUUGAUAUUUGUAGUCUAACGCUACCGCAAUUUAUUUUAAUUAUUCGUUUAUACUUUUUCGUACUUUUUCACGCAGAAUAGUUUUACUUUUUUUAAGAUAAAUACAUAGUUAUAUUUGAAAUGUAAGGCGUAGUUCGAGCAAUUACGCCAGUACAUUAAACAAAAAAAAGGAACAGAGUUUUUGAAAUUAAACUUUACUAAAUCGUACGAUAUUCCCUUCUGUCUUCGCUUAGAAAAAAAGCUAUAGUCCACUCACUUGCAAGAAUCAUCCCGUGUAGUCGGAACAAAUGGAACUUCUCGAAAGAAGUUCACGUUUAAAUCGAUCAUGUUUAAUAGACGAACAGUAAUAGCAACGUUUUGCAUUUUUUAAUAGAAUAAUCUACAAUGAACGUAAGCUGUAAAUCAAUUCUUCACGAUAACCUCGAACUAACUUCUGAGUUUCGUUUACGCUUUGUGUCAACACUGCCAAGGAAUGUAACAGGUACUUCGUUUCGACAUAACGAUCGUUGGAAGACAAUUUUCAGUCUUGGAAACGAGUAUCCUUUAUAAAAAUAAUUUCUUGGUGAAUUCCGAAUAUGUAACGGCGCAAAAUUUUAAAAAGGAAAAAAAUAACAUUGUUCGCUUAACGUACCACGUAUAUUAACACGUUAAGAGAAAAAAAGAAUACGUAUAUGUAAGUUUUGUCGUAACAUUGCCGCACACUUUGUUCUUCUGUUUAAAAAGAGAGAUAAGUCGGAAUUCACCAGUCCCUACUUAACGACUAUCAUUACCAUACCGACGGUAAAAAACUUCUCUAUCGCCAUGGUCAUUCGAUGAAAUUGGUUUCAACCGUGCGUGUGCGUGCGUGUAUGUAUUGUGUACGAGUGUGUGUUAUCAAAUUGGUCGAUCAUAUUUUUUUCUUUGUUCGAAAAAUAUUGUUUGUUACACGGGAGUCGUGCAGUUGUCGGUUCUUCGUAGUUCAAUUUCCGAUUAGGAGUUGUAACUUUAAUUAGAAGUUUCCUAAAGGAAAAUAGGUCUCUUAUCGAUUAGUACUUAAGCGUUUAUGACUGUCCCUUUACGUCGAAGGUCUGUCACUGCCUUAUGGACUUUCUUCCGUAUUAAAUUGUGACUAGGAUUAGGAUUGGUCGAAUUUUUCUAUAUUCAAAUAUUCGAGUAGUCUCAGCUUUAAUUCAACUGCCCUGUUUUUGUCGUUGUGCUGUCGGUAUCGAAAUUUCCUGUAAUUUCGCCACUUGUGCGCUGAAAUUGGUAUUUUCCCGCCUCGUAAAUGGCGCCAGUUUUCCGUGUGUCUACGUUGAUUUGACAAUUUUAUUUAGCAAAAAACUCGAGUCACACGGAACAUUGUUGCUAAUGUUAGCUAAAGUGUUAGUUUUACGUCUGAUAUUUGGCCUGUGUUUUGUUGAGACAACAGAGAACAUUUCGUUCUUAGUUUCUAUCUUCGAUGACGGUGAUACAAGAUAUCAAAUGAUAAUCUCUGCAUACAGGAACGACGUAUUUACUUUCAAGGGAAGACUAUUGAAUUAUUUAAUUCCUGGAGAUGCGGCGCAAUUGUGGCACAACGAAGAGGAACGAAUCUUCAUAAUACAAUAAGUCGAAAAGGUAGAUCGAAAUUUUUUCGCUGGAAUCAGCCCUUAAACAAUAGCCCUAGUGAACGAAAACUGGUUUUUUCGUAGACUGCCGCGUUUCGAUUCAACGAAUGUCGUAUCAGAAAGAAUUGAACAGUUUUAAAGACUUGUAAUCUAUUAAUUAAAUUAAAUUUCUUGAAAGUCAGAUUAUUAAGUUCACGCUACAUCUUAUUUAUGAAGUAAUAUUUUUUGGAAAAUGUUCAAUUCUUUUUAGAUCACUCUGUGCAUUAACACACUUUUGUGUGCAUACAACUUAUAUACCUUAUUUAGCAAUAAUAUGAUCAAAAUAUCUUGGAACUGGAUUCUUUAUGUGCCACCGAGGACACAGUCAAGAGUUUAUCAGGCGACAAAGUAAAUAAGGUUCUAGCGCAUGGUAGUAUGUUUAAAUCACUUUGAUACGAGUUGUAUGCUGAAUGUACCAUUGAAUACAAGAGGUGGCCAUAACAGUAGGAUUCUAUUACCUUUAUUUUGAUUAGAUGCAUUUCACAUCCACUAUGGUCAUUAUCAAUUGGAUUUCAUCAAUUGAUAACUGCUUCGUUAUUCAAUAAACUAUAUGUUAUUUUAAUCUUAAGAAAAAAAAAAUCACAUGGAGUCAUCGGCCAACAUAUGAAUUUAAGAAAUAAAAAGAUACAUAUCUGAUCUUCUAAUGAUAUUUAUCUGUUCUGAUGUAUGAGUAGAUUAGCAAAAUGUUGUAUUCUGUUCAAUUACGAUUACAAAAUAUGAUUGAUUUAUAGUAUUAUUGAUUGAUAUUGAAAGAAUUUAUUAUCAAUGUUGAAAUUGAUAUAUUAUUGUAUUAUCCGAUAGAAAAUUUGUUGAGAUUGUUUCUUCAGUGGUAGAUUAAGAUUGCAGUUUGUGAAUGCAAUUUUUGGAGCUUUAACAUAUUGGCCACCUCCUAAUCAGAGAUUUAGAUAAGAAUUUCGACUCUUUUUUGAUGAAGAAUUUCCUCCCGUUCGUCGAAUUACGUCGCCAUCUUAUAUUAUAAUUGUCGCCUCAAUUGCUUCCUAUUUUUUUAAAGCUACGUCACUUUCUUAACCUCCCGAUUAUCUAUCGACUCUAACGAUAGAAAUCUUCGCAUGACUGCCAUAUACUAAUCACGACUACAUAAUAUCUUAACCUAUUACGUUCUGACAAUUAUUGGUUCAUCGUAGGUUCUUCUCAAAAACACGAUGCGUAAUUCCUUAUCUUUUGUUAGAGGUUUUAUUUUUACGAGUACGUAAUAAUUUCAAAGUGUGGAAGUGUAUAUCUGUGGAACUUUGGAAGGAUGUAGAAAAUUUAUCCUUUUUAUUUUUUAAAAGACGAUGUAUAGUGCUUGGAACAAACAUAACGGUCUACGUGAGGAAAAUUUCUUAAAAAUUUAUUUGGUAACACUACGACGAAUUAUAUUCGAAUACUACUUAACGAAUAAGACAAUUUCUAUUUGUCCAUGAAAUAUUUUUUUUUUAUUCGAAGUACUUUUAUUAAAUUUUUUAAUAUGAUUUUCGUUAUUCGAAAUUUUCGAGGUAUUUUAUUCACUUCGAAUCCAGACUCUAGCACCCGAAAACUUGCCCCAGGCCGGCCCUGGAUCUGUUGACAUCCUCAAGGGUACUUGACCAUGUUGCUCCCUACAGUUUUCACGAGAUCGUUACGUGUAUGUUUGUUUCACACGCUAUACGACCAGCAAAAUAAAUAGAAGGUUCGCACGUCGUGUCUCGUAACACGACGGAGCACCGAACUCUGUUAUACGUUAUCUUGAAUCAUGAAGAACUCGCAUCACAGUGCGUUGUGUCUCUUUAACACGCUACCGUUAAGAAAAAAAAAAAAAAAACACAAAUUUUAACAUAUAAAAUAACGAUGUUGUAACGUAUGAAACGUACGUUUUUUUUAGGGCGGAAAAAAAAUAUUGUUUUCUGAAUAAAAUAUUAAUGAAAAAUCAAAGUGUACGAGAACAGUUUUUUUUACCAUCAGCGAUUCGUGCAAUUGUUUCUUUUCUAUACAUUUACAAUUAUUCUAAUGACUUUUGUAUGGAAAUCCACCAUUCGCAGCAUAUGCGGUUAGAGAAACUUAACCUACAAUUUGGGAGGUUAUCUUUCAAAGUAACAGUUCCUGGGCGUAUGUUUAUUAAAACAUUCUUUUCUAUCGUUAAUUUUCGUGGAUCCUAGUACUCGUAUCUGUAACUUAUUCAUAUCCUAUAAAAAGCAUAUACUGAUCGACGAAGUCAUCAAGUAGGUAAUAUUAAAUAAUUUCCAUCCAUGGUAUUUCUAUCCAUUCAUGUGGGUACUUGAUUUACAUACUAUCGAACGUUUCAUACGUUACAACAAAACAAGAAAAAAUAACAA